AUGGAGUUAUUCUGUCGAAAAUUCGAGGAAAAAAUCGAAAUUUCUUCAGUACCUUGUAACCAUCGAAGUCCGAAGAUUAUAGGAGGUUCUGAAGCUGCAAACGGUGAAUUACCAUUUAUGGUUAGCCUGACAAGACGCGGGGGACAUUUUUGUGGUGCCAGCAUAUUGAAUGAGCAAUGGCUUGUGACAGCAGGGCAUUGUGUUUGCAAUGGACUGAACAAAAUCUUUCAAAUAUCGCAAAUUCAAGGGGUUAUUGGCCUUCACAGUAUUUCGCAAUACCUUAGUGGUAACACUGCAGAAAAAUCAGCACCUAUUCGAAUUAACUUUAAAAGUAUAAUACCGCAUCCGAAGUAUGAAUGCACCAAUGUGAAAAACGAUAUUGCUUUGCUCCAACUGGAUACUCCUAUGGUGUUUACAGAGCGAGUUAAACCAAUUUGCGUAAGUGUUGAAAGUCCUCACAAAGAGUACGAAAAUCAAUUAGCAACCGUAUCAGGUUGGGGAUGGACAAAUGAGAAUCAAGAAGAAGGCCCGAAAGCGGAUGUUCUAAAAAAAGUGGCAGUAAAAAUCUGGAACAACAAUAGUUGUGAAAAGUCUUACAAACUGCAUGGGAAAUCAAAUAGUUUGAUCUCAGAUACCCAGCUAUGCGCUGGACUCAAAAAUGGAGGAGCCGAUUCAUGUUGGGCUGACUCUGGAGGACCCCUUAUUAUGAAAGAUCAAAUAUUGGUGGGCAUUGUUUCUACAGGUAUCGGAUGUGCCAGACCAGGGCUUCCGGGGAUAUACACACGCGUUAGCAAGUAUGUGAGCUGGAUUGAAUCGGUUUUACGUUAA